GUUAGGGUGUGGAGUCGAAUGUGAUAAACCCUAAAAUAAAGUCUGAGAAAGCAGAGAGCAUUGAGUGAAAGAAAGCAGCAAGGAAAAGAUGGCGAGUGAGGAAGAAAGCGCGGUGAAGGAGCCUUUGGAUCUGAUAAGGCUCAGCCUCGACGAGCGCAUUUACGUCAAGCUCCGCUCUGACCGUGAGCUCCGCGGUAAACUCCAUGCUUAUGAUCAACAUUUAAAUAUGAUUCUUGGUGACGUGGAAGAAAUUGUUACCUCUGUGGAAAUUGAUGAUGAAACUUAUGAAGAGAUUGUCCGGACUACAAAGAGGACAGUUCCAUAUCUGUUUGUCAGAGGAGACGGUGUCAUCCUUGUUUCACCCCCACUAAGGACAGCUUGAUUAUAAUUUGGAGGAGGACGACUGGAUUGGGUGACUUGUAUUUGGGAAAUGGAUUGUCGUUAUAUUUAACAAAAAUCUGUUCUAUGUAUUCUAAUUUUAGUUCUCUGAAUGAACAAGAUUCUUGAAUCCGUAGGGGUUCAACUGUACUUCUGAGGCAGCUGAAAGAAUGGGGUUUUGUUGAAUAUGAAUUUGGUAGAUUCUUGGUGUAA